AUGAAACCGUGCGUAAGCGUCGCCCUCCUCUCCUCCCUCGCCAUCGGCGCACGGGCACUGUCAUUAGCAGCGCCGCAUGCCGCGGCCGGCUGCUCGCGCACGCCCGUGCUCAGCAUGGGUCUCUUCCCGAGCGAGGAGGGUGCGGCGACGGUUGAGCCACGCAACGUGCGCCUCGCUCGGCUGCUCGGCGCGCUGGUCGGCGCGAGCGAGGCGGACGCGGCGUCGCUCCUCGAUUCACACACGGAGCUGCUGCUCGAGCCGUUUUCGGCAGGCUCGCACGUGUCUGGCUCCGUCUUUCGCGACGGCAUGACGCUCGACGACAAGCUAGCGGAAUAUGAGCGCUCGCUGGCCGAGCGCAUCUCCGCUGCCUCGUCUGAGCCGGUCGCCUCUGCGCUGACGGCCAUGCGCGACCACACCAUUGCCGCUGCUGCGAGGCUACGAGGCGGCGAAGCCGCCGAGGAGCUCGUCGUGCCUCGGCAAGACUUUGUGCAGGCACUGCAGCUCCUCGACAUGGGCGUGUACAACAACAACUUUGUGUCGGAGCAGAACUCCCCCGGCGCGCGUGGCAAGGGCGUGCAGGUGGACCGAGAGACGCCGUUGCGCCACCUCGCCGAAGCCAAAGCAGCGCUCGACGAGAUUCUCGCUUUCUCGGCUGCCGUGAGCGGUGGUACCCUGCGACCGUCAUGGCGCGGGAGGAGGACGGGGACGGACGGAUCGCGCAACGGCUACCCGGAUCGGCGGUGGUGGCACAUGCUGGACGACGAGCGGUGGCGAGCCGUCGCAGAGCAGGCCGGCACGGGCGCAGGCGGCGCUGCCGCAGACGGGGAUGGGGAUGCGGCGAUGGACCGCGUGGACGGCGAGCAGGGCGCCCGUGCCGCGGGCGACGCCGAGGUGGCCGAGGUGCGGCCGGCGCCGCCUCCUGUGCGCCGGGGUGUGCAGCGCAGCGCGCUGGCGGACGCCCUCGAGGCGGAGGAUGACGAGCGGCAGGAGGAGCCAGUGUUCAAACUUUACCGGUAUGAGACCGGUAUUUGGUGA